AUGUCGCCAAACAGCGAAAAAACAUGGAGGCAAAUUCCCAAAGACUCGACAUUCUCGAACGAUUCGAGAUUUCGUGGGAACGACAAAGGCAAGAUAUUAUCAAUAGAGAUCCACAGUUCAAACUGCGUGUUGCGGCUGAACCUCAGAAGUCAACAGGAAGGAUUACUUCAAAAGGUUCAAGACCAUGAUUCCUUUGAAUCCAUUCUCAAAGAGAGAGAAAUCCAUCUUGACCUUGAAGCUAUUCAGAGACAACUCGACAUCGCGAAACGCGAAUACUCUCAAUCAAAAUUUACUCUUCGCUAUUCUGGCAAUAUCGUUCGGUUGGAAUGCGCAUACUGUCCCAAUAUCAAUAUCCAAAUGGAACUGAAAGACUCUCGCAAUGUUGCUGGUAUAGUGAAAAGACAUCAAACAUCAAAGUAUCAUACGGAUAACAGAUACCAUGAAGCUCAGAGAAAAAAAGGAAAUGAACAGUCAGAAAAUAAUAUCUAG